AUCACUGACGAAUUGCGAGAUGAGCCACAAGACGUGGGGGAGCGUGGGAUGGGUUGGUGUUUUGUCAAAUCACCGGUCAGUGCUCGAAUUUCGUGACCAUUUGCGAAUCCCUCCCCUAAACAACGACACCUCCAGAACCCUCAGCUUCCCAUUCAGGGAGAUAGAUGGAUGUAUAGGUAGCCAGGUCAAACUUGGAACUUUCUUGCUAGUUGUGCUGGCUUCGUCGAACUUAUCUUUAUGUUUCGCUCCUUCUUGUGUUGGUAUACGCGGCUACGAGCAGUGCUCUUCUGGUGCUCCUCAAAUUGGCAGUGGGCUGUUAACGAUGUGGAUGGGUGGGUCGGGCUACAAUGACCCACACUGUGUCCGCAACCUCUUGGCAAUUUGGGGUGGAGAAGUCAGGCUGCAAGCGUCCCAAGGCUUCGCAUGCGCCACAUAUAGCGGGACAUAAGCCACACCAGACCCUUUGACAAAGUUUUCUGCUCCCCGUUUCGCCCUUUCAAGCCACCUCGACGCCAGCUUGCCCACAAACUAGCGAGAUUUCCCAGAAACCUCGUGAAAAGUUGCUGGCAGUCUUCCUCAGCAUCGGACCCAAGUACGAACGGACACACGCACGUCUUCCCAACCCCCGAUCCGCCGAUCUCAUUGCCGACUCAGACUUCACCAUGGCCGACGUACAAAAAGAUGUGCCGUUCAAAUCGGCCCAGGUCGAGGCGCUCGUAGUAAUCAAGAUUGUCAAGCAUUGCUCUGCCAGCUUUCCCACUACAGCUACCGGUUCCUUGGUGGGCAUGGACAACGACGGUGUCCUUGAGAUCACAAAUGCCUUUCCCUUCCCCACGGUCGAUGUUGCGAAUACCGACGGCCACCAGAACGAUGCAUCAAGCCUCGCCGCCGCCGCCCCCCGCGCAAAGGCCAAUAUCGCCUACCAGAACGAGAUGAUCAAGCACUUGAAGGAGGUCAACGUGGAUGCUAACAACGUCGGCUGGUACACCAGUGCCACCAUGGGCAACUUUGUCUCCCUCAACUUUAUUGAGAAUCAAUACCACUAUCAGCGCGACAACGACAAGACUGUCGCACUCGUUCAUGAUGUCAGCAGGAGCUCGCAAGGAGCGCUCAGCCUGCGCGCAUUCAGACUCUCACCCGAGUUCAUGGCCGCAUACAAGGAGGGCAAGUUCACAACAGAGAGCCUGCAAAAGUCCAAGUUGAGCUUCAAGGACAUCCUUGUGGAAGUCCCUGUCAUCGUUCACGACUCUCACCUCCUCACCACAUUCCUGCACCAGAUGCCCACCCUCCCCGAGACCGCCGAGGUUCCGCUUCCCACGUCGCUAAACGACAUUUCUCGUGACCCUGCCAGAUUACCCGCGAACCCAUCUUUCGACGCCCUUGAUCUGUCGAUUGACCCUUUUCUCGAGAAGACAUGCGAUCUUCUCCUCGACAGUAUCGAAGCCCAUUACACCGAUCUCAACAACCACCAGUACUAUCAGCGUCAGCUGACGCGCGAGCAGUUUAAGAUCACUCAAUGGCAGACAAAGCGCAAGGCGGAAAAUGCUGCCCGUGUUGCGGCGAAGCAGGCUCCUCUCCCCGAGGACGAAUGGCAAAGACUGUUCAAGCUGCCACAAGAGCCCAGUCGGCUCGAGGGCAUGCUGAAUGCGCGACAGGUUGAGCAGUACAGCAAGCAGGUGGAUGGGUUUACAGCUGCAAUUACCUCCAAGAUGUUUGCUGUCCGGGGAAAUUUGCUGCCUGAGUGAGGGCAGACAUGUGCAUGGUGUGCGUGAAAGGGGGUUUGACGAGCGUUGGCGGGUAUUCUCGACUGCAUUAGGUCUGGCGUUCCGGGUUAUGGGCAUCUUUUCUGAUUGCUUAGUUUCCGGGCCAGCCAUGCUGUCCAUUUGCUUAAUGGAAAUUUUCUGGGCCGAGAGUGAACUAGAGACACCAGGGCGAAAGGCAACUAGAUAGGAGGGCCUGCGUUAGGCGUGGAUAAAUAAACACCAACAGUACCACAAUACCC